AUGCCCCGCAGGCUACAGUGGUGGACCGCCUGCGUCGCGCUGCUGCUGCCCUUGACACGAGCAGCGCAGCAUCCCAACAUCGUGAUGAUUCUCGCUGACGAUCUGGGUUGGCACGACGUGAGUUACCACGGCUCGGACCAGAUCCCGACGCCCAACAUCGACGUGCUCGCCAUGGACGGCGUUGUGCUGGCCAAUAACUACGUCCAGCCCCUCUGCACUCCGUCUCGGGCGGCGCUGCUCACGGGCUACUACCCCAUACACACCGGGACACAGCACUCGAGUUUUCGCAGCGCAGAACCUGCAGGACUAGACCCUGACUUAAAGCUGCUGCCUGAAUACCUCAAAGACCUAGGCUACUCAACCCAUAUGGUUGGCAAGUGGCACCUGGGAUUUAGCAAAGACGAAUACACGCCGACUAGCCGGGGCUUUGACACGUUCUACGGAGUUUACAAUGGCGAAGUGGAUUACUGGACCCACUUCAGCAGAGACCCGUCGCUGGACAUGUCUGGGCACGCGCUGAAGGCGAAUCGGAGGCCACUGCUCGAAGAAAUGGGCCGCUACCUCACCGCUCUCUUUGUCAAAGAAGCGGCUGCAAUAAUUGGAAGCCAGAAAAGCAGUUACCUGCGAUGCAGGCAUCUAAAGCAGCCCGCCUGGUUUUGUCCGCAGCCUUUCUUCCUAUACUUCGCCCCGACGGCUGUUCACUGCGGCGGGCUGAACGAUUCGCUCCAGGCGCCCAAGGAGUACGUGGCCAAGUACGCCUACCUGGGCGACUACGACAGGCAGGUUUUUGCCGGUACGUUUCCGCGCAAGGCCAGCUCCUAUCGAAUAAAUUCUGCGCGUCUGUUUGAAGAAGGGGCGUCUUUCUUUCUUUCUUUCUUUCUUUCGCAAUGUUUUUUUUUUUUUCACCGCAAUAACAGCUCCCUUGUUGGCCGAAACCUUGCUUGUUAUCGACUUGCCUACCACAAUUUGCUUCAGCCUGCGGUCGGAGGUCGCUUUUCCGUACGAACUGCCUUCGCGAGGCAGGGUGCAGAACGAAGCUUGGCCGAGCUGGACAACGCGGUGGGUGCCAUCGUGGAAGCACUCUACAAGGGCGGCCUGCUGAACAACACGGUGAUCGCCUUCUCAACGGACAACGGUGGGGCGCCCGUGGGAUUUUCGCGCAACACGUCGCCCAAUUGGCCCCUGCGCGGUUCCAAGGGCACUGUGGCCGAAGGCGGCGUGCGAGGCCCGGGCUUCCUCUGGACGCCCCGGCUGGCCACACGCGCAAAGGCCACCAAGCAGCUCUUCCACAUCACCGACUGGCUGCCUACAUUUUACGCAGCGGCGGGAGGCAAUAUGAAGAACGUGCCCCAAAUCGAUGGCGUAAACCAGUGGCAGUCGCUGACGCUGGGAGCGCCGUGGCCUCGUAAGGAGGUGCUUUACAACAUCGACCCGGUGUGGGGUCAGUCGGCCAUACGCGGCGAGCGCUUCAAGAUCAUGGAGGACCACAACAACACGGUGUUCCCCAACUACGAAUGGUACGACCCAGUCGGUGGCUUGGCUCCCGACCACUGGAACACGCUUCACGAAGCGAGGCAGGCUUGCCUCGCGGCUCAGGUGUUGUCCUGCUUCCACGGAAAGACCUUAGAGACACCAAAGGAGCUACCGGAUGCAGUGCUGACUGAAAUUAUGGUACAGGGAGGACAAUACUGUCACCCAUCUAUGGGACCCUGCAUGUAUGACCUCGAGAACGACCCGUGGGAGAGGGUCAACAUUUACCGCCCUGACCACCCCGAAUACAUGAAACUGAGGGCUCGACUUGAUGAACUGAAGCUAACGAUGAAGGCCCCGCUCACUGGCACACCGGAUCCCAGGGCUGACCCUCUGCGCCGAGAGGGUAUCUGGGAGUCGUGGCAGGACUGAGGUGAUUAUCUCUUAUUUUUCCCUCCACCAUCUCCUGUGCGGUUGUCGCAUUCAGCUCAUUGAGGCGCAUCACGCGUUUUUGUUUCGUUAGCGACCCCUUCCCUAAGGGACGAGGCACCGAACUGACGCUGGGUUCUCGUACAAGGACUGACAAGCUCAUCAGCGGCGGCAGUCUGAGUGGGCGACCUUUGCUGGGCCUCGCCUCGUGGGAAGGACCAUCUCCUUUCGCGGGGCGAUUUGCCACUGUCGUGCGUUUCGCUCAUGUGUGUUUCUGUGCUGGAUAUGUCUUGAUUGCCUCGUUGCCGCAUCUUUCGCUACUUGUAAUUUCGUCCGGGCCGUACCGCCAACACGUUGCAGCGCUGAUUGGUAGCCCGCGCGACCAAUAUUGUGGGCUGCAGGAAUCCUUCCGAUAAAACACUUAGCCCUGCUAGUUGAUUUCAUUUGUUUUAUUACGGCUCCAGCACGAACAGCGUGCUCCCGCCAUAAUCCCCUGGCUGCUCAAGAUGUCAUCGUGUAAGUCCUGAAGACACAGUACGCUGCACGGGAACGCGAUGACUGCUCAGCGGCUGCUCGUGAAAUCGGCCUAAUGUUAGCCACGCAGCAAAGGCGCACGGGGCAAUUCACAGCGUCCUGUACAAAAUAUGCGUGUACUAAAGGCAGCAUAUCUUGGCAGGGUGAAGGACCUAGAAAAGUUUCAGUCGUAGCGAAGCUUAGAGUUGCAGUCCGCACUGGUGUCGGCGACCAACAGUUGCAUAAACUGCUUUGCAAGCUUCAUUUUGAAACGGCGUCACCCUUGCGGACUUCGUGCUCAGUCUUGGCACCGACAAUAUUGUGGUAACUGCAAGGGACGCAUGCGAAAUAAGGACGGGAGACUUCACAUUUUCUACUUUACUGUUUUAAUUCGUGAUCUUUGAAAAGUACAGAGCAAUUCAACAAAUCAUACAGCAUAGCUUUAACGCAAUUGUACGAGUUCAUGUUACUGGCAUGGGAAACAUUAAGAAAAUGAAUUACACUGUCUGUACAAUACAACAGCGGUGCGCACUAUGUUAUGCGAACAUCCGCUCAGGAUGCUCUCGCUUCUGUGGUUGUGCUGCUAUAGAUACGAUUCUCUGUGUUGUCUCGAGGCGCGGAAUCCAAAUGCGUAGCAUUGAUCGUGAAGAAUACUCACGACAGCCUCUACUGAAUUCUAGAUUAUUUGUGUUUCUUGACCGUAACUGAAUUUCACCCAACAUGACCCUUUGCAUAUUGUGAACAGCAGCAAAAUAAACACCGUAUUAUACUGCUAACUUUAACAAUAUGCUUGGUGCGCGAACAUUCCUCUACAUGACAAUGAACUGCACUUGUAUAAGCCUAUAGAGCUAAGGAUUAACAGACCCACUUCAAUCGAAAUGAACAACGACUGUACAUGUGCAAACCUCCAGCUAAACUUUUAAAUGGAAAACAUGAAAUGUAUGCAUAAAAAGGCAUCAGUGAGCACAAUGCAGCCACUAUAAACGCUAGAGGCACGCAGGCGUACCGUUAACUGCAGCACUUUAUGUAGCCGCUAUCCACGGCUGACGUUCUGCUACAGGUAAUCGCGGCAGAGAACAAUGUUCUCGUCUCUACCAGCAAAUUCAAUUUUUACGUUUAGUCCCAACACUCCAGUGAGAAUAAAUAUAUAGUUCCACAUUGGGAUUAAAAGGUAUAUUCCAAUUAGCGUCGGUAAUGAGAAAUAUUGUUAAAUCACAGUCAAGCGUAGCAGCUAUGUAUGCCGGUAUAUAUGCGUGAGUCUCGUGCCCCUCGUUCUUUUUUCCUUUCUUUGUCCUAAGGAUUUAUUAUUUUUACAUCUGCAUACAUUUCGUGUUUUUCUCAUGAUAAUUCAUACCUAAUACGGGCGUAUCUCCUCUCUGUCCCGACGUGGGAGCGGCCCGCAUCAGUCCCAGACUGAUCCCUCAGGACCUAAAUAAAGUUCUUCAUACCAUA